AUGUCAGUGCUUGAUAAUUCUGCUAAUCAAGUCGAAAAUGAUCAAACUGAAACUUCAUACUUACUAUCAACAAACAAAUCAACUUACAAUGAGAAAUCAAAAUCUAACAAAAAGAAUGAUCCUAUUCAAAGAAAUUUAGGUACUUUUGAUGGUGUUUUUCUACCGGUAUCACUCAAUGUGCUAUCAAUAUUAAUGUUUUUAAGAUUUGGCUUUAUAAUUGGUCAAAUGGGUAUACUUGGUACCAUGGGUUUAUUAAUUUUAUCAUAUUCCAUAGAUAUAUUAACUACAUUGUCAAUCAGUGCUAUAUCAACAAAUGGUACUGUUAAAGGUGGUGGUGCUUAUUAUAUGAUUUCGAGAUCUUUGGGUCCAGAAUUUGGUGGUGCCAUUGGUAUAAUAUUUGUAAUUGGACAAAUUUUAAAUAGUUCAUUAAAUGUUGUUGGUUUUAUUGAGCCUUUGUUAGUUAAUUUUGGCUAUAAUGAAGGUGAUUUAUAUCAACUUUUACCAACUGGAUAUGUUUGGAAUGUUUUUUAUUCAACAAUUUUAUUAAGUAUAUGUACAAUUAUUGCCAUGGUUGGCUCAUCAUUAAUUUCAAAAACUGCAUUUUUUUUAUUUAUAAUAUUGACUAUUAGUACGUUGUCAAUUCCCAUAUCAACAUUAUUUGUUAAACCUUAUUAUCCAUUAGAACCACCAUUUAAUAAUAUACUAUAUACUGGUUUAUCAUGGAAAACAUGGUUGGAAAAUUUAUAUCCAAAAUUUACAAGUGGAGCUGCAGGUUCAGUUUUACCACCUGAUCAACAUGAAACGGUUAGAGAUAUGUUUGGUAUCUUUUUCCCAGCAACUGCUGGUAUUUUAGCUGGUGCUUCAAUGUCAGGAGAGUUGAAAAAUCCAUCAAAAUCAAUACCAAAUGGUACACUCAAAGGUUUAUUUGUUACGUUUUUAUUAUAUUCAUUGGUUAUAUUAUCUAUGGGAGCUGCAAUACCGAGAGAUUUAUUACAUGUGGAUAUUAAAGUUAUUCAAACUGUUAAUUUAUCAAGUUCUAUUAUCAUUGCAGGUGAAUUUUCAACUUCAUUGUUUUCAGUGAUUAUGGGUAUUGUCGGUGCUGCUACAAUGAUUAAUGCAAUUGCAGAUGAUAAGAUAAUACCAGGUUUAUCAAUUUUCACAACUUCAAAAAAAUCAUCAACAGAUAAAAAGAAGGCACAGAUAUACUCCAUUAUCGCUGUAUUUUUUAUUGCUCAAAUUUUCUUAUUUUCUGACAUAAAUCAAAUUGCAACAUUUAUCACAAUGGCUUUUUUAAUGACGUUUAUCGUUACAAAUAUUGCAUGUUUCUUAUUACGUCUUGGUUCGGCACCAAAUUUCAGACCAUCUUUUAAAUACUUUAGUACAAGAACUGCUGGAUUAGGAGCAAUGGUUUGUUUUAUUGCCAUGUUUAUAGUUGAUGGAAUAUCUGCAACUUUGGUGUUAUUUUGUUUAACAGUUUUAAUUUUAUUAAUACAUUAUUCAACUCCACCAUCUAAAUUCGGUGAUAUAUCACAAUUGUUAAUUUAUCAUCAGGUUAGAAAAUAUUUAUUAAGAUUAAAGUUGGAAAUGAGUGUUAAAUACUGGAGACCACAAAUAUUAUUACUUUGUGAUAAUCCAAGAACUUCGUGGAAUUUAAUUGGAUUUUGUAAUCAUUUGAAAAAAGGGGGUCUUUAUGUUUUGGGUCAUGUUGUAUUAAUGAAUGAUGAUACAAAUACAUCAUCAAAUAAUGAUAAAAAUUCUAGUGUAUUUUCAGCUUCGACAUAUCAGGAAGUAAGAAAACAAAAACAAGCAUGGGUGAAAACUAGAGAUAUGUCUAAAAUUAAAGCAUUUGUUCAAAUUGCAUUAGGUCCAACAUUACCAUGGGGAGUUCGUAAUGUUUAUUUGGGUUCUGGUUUAGGUGGUAUGAGACCAAAUAUAACAGUUUUAGGUUUUUAUGAUUUUGAAAAACAUGGUAUUGAAAUGCCAGUAAUACCAAAAAGUUUUGAUUCAUCAGAUAAAUGUAUUGAUCAACUACCAACUGAUUAUUGUAGAAAGGAAAAGAAAGUAUCAAUAAAUCAAUGGGUUCAAAUUGUUGAAGAUUUGAUAAUUUUACAAGCUACAGUUGCAGUUGCAGCAAAUUUUAAAACUUUAAAAUUACCAAAAUUUACACAUUCUAAUAAUUGGUUUACUAGAAAGCGGCAAAUGUUGCAUCAUGAAGAUUUUAAGUAUAUUGAUUUAUAUCCUAUUCAAAUGUCUUCAAUUAAUCAAUUAAAAGAUGGGCAAUCUGUGUUACUGACAAACUUUGAUACAUAUACAUUAAUUUUGCAAUUGGGUUCGAUUUUAUCAACUACUGACGAAUGGAAUUUAACUAAUCAUAAAGUCAGGGUUAUUGUGUUUGUUGAAUUUGAAACUGAAAUAAAUGAUGAGAAUGAAAGAUUAAAUAAAUUGUUACUGAGUUUGAGAAUAGAUGCAGAAAUAAAAAUUAUUUGUCUAGAAUUGGAAAAUUUAGAUUCUUAUAAUUAUAUGAUUAAAGGGUUUACCAAACAAAAUCAAAUUUUAUAUAAUAAAGUUGAUAAUAUUCUUUGUCAUGAUCAAUGGUGGAAGAAUUUAUGUAAAGCAAGAUCCACAUUAAGAGAAAUUGAAAAAAGAAAGACGUUGAAAAAACAAAAACUGAAAGUUAUCCCUCUUAGUAAAUCAAGUUCUAGAGUUGAUUUACCUGAAACUUUUCAAACGUUAGGUUUAUCAAGCACUAGCCCACCACAAUUACUAGGUCAAAGUUUGAAAAACCCGAGAAGAUACACAUUAUCCGGUUUACAUGAUCAAGGAAUGUCGUUAUCAUUUAAAUAUCAAGGUAAAGGUGGUGACUUUUUGUAUGAUGAUGAAUACAGUGAAGCAAGUGAAGAAGAUGAUGAUAGCGAUUAUCUUAGGUCAAUAUCAUCGACUAUCACGUUAAAUAAAUCUGGUAUGAAAUCACCAGAUCAAGUUUCAAUAAGAUCAUCAGUUUCUAAUUUAAGACCAAAUUUUCUGUCAGUUAAGAUACCAAAAAUUAAUGAUGAAGAAGAAGAUGGUGAUGCAGACGAAGAUGAAGAAGAAGGUACUUCCAGAGGUAGACAUACAAUUAAAUUUAAAGAACAAGAUGAAGAAGAGCAAGCUAUUACAACCAGACCAUCAUUGAGAUCAAAAUCAAGACAAAAGAGUAGUUUAAUUGUAAAUGAUGAUGAAGUAAUUAAACAUAUUUCAACACCACAAUUUUUAAUAGCUGAUGAUGAUUUAAUUGAUCCACCAAAAUUAUCAUUAAAUUCUCCAUUAUCAUCAGCUGCUCAUUACGCGAGAAAAUCUCAAUAUACUUCAGAUAAAACAAUUACUAAAAAACAGUUACAAGAAGAACUUAAAAGUUUAACAUUUAAUGGCCUACCAGCAAAGGGUCAACAUAUAGUUUUGAAUGAGUUAAUGCUUAAACAUUCAGUAAAAGAUAAAACAGACGUUAUUUUCAGUACUUUACCCGCUCCUUCAAUGGGAACACAUUUGCAUGAUAAUGAUGCUUUUGAAUAUACUAAUAAUUUAGCAAUUUGGAUGGAAAACUUACCACCGGUGCUAUUGGUAAAUUCACAAACUGUCACUGUCACAACAGCAUUAUAG